CAUCGAUGGACUGACCUUCCACAUGAAAUUCUAUUACGACUUCCUUGACAAGCUGUCAGGGAAAGAGAAGUUCAGGAAAGCUCUUCUCAAGGCCCCCUGGCUGCUGGACAUGGUGGUGUCCCGAGCGGCACCGGUGGCCUCCCUGGCACUCUCUGGCUGCCUCGUCGUCUUUCCCAAGUUUCAAAUGGAGUUUGUACCCAAACCACCACCUGGGAUAUCCCGCAGGUCCUCAGGAGGCAUCCCUGCGGAGGGGAAACCAAAGGAAGAGGAGGCUUUGCCACCUCUCGCCCAGGGCAAGAAAGUGAGAUUUGCUGGCAAGCCAACCUUCAUCAAACGCUUGAGCUCGGACAGUCUAGAUGGAGGAAAACUCCGAAGGAUAAGGAGCUUACUGCGCAAGGAGAGCUCUACGUCCAGUCUGCUGCCAGCCAUCCCUGGAGUGCCUGAAGACCAAAAGCAGCCGCUGACCUGCCAGCUGCAGGGCCAGGCAGAAACAGACAGCCAAGAAGACCUGGGCCAAGCCCCAGGGAACCAAACACCGGCAGCUCCGUCUCGACCUCGCUGGCCCCUCAAUGGUCAGCGGCAGCUCCUUCCCGCCCCCGGUGGCAUCUCCCCGGAUGCGGGCAGCACCGAGACGGAAGCGCGGCAGGACGGGAGCGGUGCUGAGGACAGCGGCGCCGGAGGCCCCGAUGAUGGCCCAGGCAUGAAAGAGCCCAGAGCUCGUCGCUGGGGAAAGGCUGCGUAUGGCGUUGUGAAGGGAGAGGUGGAGGAGGGCUUUGAGCAGCACUGUGCAGGAAUGAUCGGCUGGCAGGAGCUGGGCAGCGGUACUGCAGCUCGUCUGGCAGCUUUGCAGCUGAGUUUGGAAGUAGAAGAUGUGGCUGUGAAAGAAGAAGUAACCGCAAUCGUAACAGCCAUAGAGCUGGAGGGGGCCUUUAAAGGCCAUCUCGUCCAACAGCCCCGCAACAAAGAGGGACACCGCAGCUCCAGCAGGCUGUCCAGGGCCUGGUCCAGCCUGGCCCUCAAAGGCUCCCCGUGCUCCAACCCCGCAUUUCCUGCCGAGCCCUGCCGUAAGGAACUCCUGGCACCCACGGAAAAGCCUCCCAGUCACCCCCCGACAGCAAAACCCCACGGCCGCACUGUAUCCCAGUAG